CUCCUCCUUUCUCUUUCCAAGCAUUGCGUCCCUUGAGCGGAGGAGAGGCUGAUCCGUCACAAUCGCGCUCCGGGAAACACGAUCGACAACGGGCGCCACGUGGCGCCCUCGUUGCCCCAGGUAUGGCGCCACAGAUUUAGCCGCGCAGUGAUUCUAGGGGCACCACUCUCCCGCAAGGUACAGGGUUUAUGGUCUUCCCACCGAUGAGGCACUCGCCAAGGUGAAAUGAGGGAGAAUGCUAUGGACGAGGAGCGGAAAUAGUUGGACAGAGGGAUUCUUCGAUUUUUGCUAGAGGGUCAUGGAAGAAAUACAAAUGUUCUACAACACAUCUCCGUCGGGCUCCGACACGGACGAUUCUCGAUUUUCCACCGCCAGCAGCCCUCCAAAGAGAAAGCAAAAAGUACGCACCAAGUCGCGCUACUCGAUCUACAACCUUAACCCGUUGCCGCCACCUCCAUCGGAGCUGGACCAAAUUCCAGAUGCUCUGAUACCACCCAGUCAUGCUGGACGAAAACGCACAUUCCCACAUGUCGAAGGGAAUUUUCCAUCCUACGUAAACAUUCCUGUUCCUGUCACGCUUGGAGCACGGAAUGUCUUGGAGUCACUACUUGGUAAAGCAUCAAGUAUGAUGCCCCAGUUGCGUGGGAUGGACGACGACAUUGUCGUGAGUUUCAAGCGCAGAGACACAACUUCUCGCUCAAACGCCGACUCCGGCAUACAGCUCGCCAAAGAGUUCCACAUCAGUCUCUCGAGAACAGUCCCGAUUAGAGUCCACCAGAUUGACACGCUCAUCCCCCUGCUGAGACACAAGUUUGAAAGCCAGAAACGGUUCUGGAUCGAGUUUGGGAGAUGGGAGGUUUACUUGAACGAUGAUCGAUCGAGAACGUUUCUCGGAUUGGAAGUUGUGUCUGGAGGAUUAUCCGACAUUCGCAGGCAAAUAGCGCUGGUUACUGAGGCUUACAAGCUCCACGGCCUCCCACCAUUCUACGAUACUCCUCGGCCUCACAUAUCACUAGCGUGGGCAUUAGGCGACGUGUCCAGUGACGCUCAGCGCGUUGCCGACGAGCUAAACGAGCUCUGUGGCAACAGCAUGGACUAUGGCACCGGCAUCGUCAACGUUUUGUGGUCCUUCCUGUUUGGGAGGGUGGAUUGCAAAGUCGGGCAGCAGCUGUAUCCGAUUUGGGUCGCAUCAACAGCCUCGCACACAUGAGCCCAAGCAAGAAAAAAAAAACAGGAAAAAAAUCCAUCCAGGAUUCACGAAGAACAAUCGAAGAACACGAAGAACACACAACGAAGAACACAAACGUUGGUGUGAGAGAAGAGAAAAGAGAGAAGAGCGGGCUUGGUGGGAAUCGAACCGGCGACACGUUUUCAUCUUUUCUUUUUAUCCAGGCAGGCGAUGAAUAGAUAAAUCCUCCCAAUUUUUUU